AUUCAUACGCCCGACGCUCCUUUUCAGCCCCUUUCAAAAUAACUCACUGUCAUCGUCAUCGGGAAACGGCUCUGCCUGAACGGGACUAAUUAUUUUCAAUUGGAGGAGGAGUGAUCCGAUCGAAGAGCGAUCAAACGACCGACAGCUUAGCGACAGGGCCCUCUGGACAACGAGCAACCUUGGGCCCGUCUGUCGUGUAGACAUGUUUCAAACUGUCCCUGACACCUCGUCUUACGUCAAGGAGGCGCUAUCAGUGGUGAGUGAAGACCAGUCCUUAUUCGAGCCUCCUUACGCUGCUGCUGCCCCUCUCCCCAAGACAGACAUGACUGCAUCUGGCACACAGGACUACGGCCAGACCCACAAGAUCAACCCCCUACCCCCACAGCAGGAGUGGAUCAACCAACAAGUGCGGGUCAAUGUCAAGAGAGAAUACGAGCACAUGAAUGGAUCCAGCAGGGAGUCUCCCGUGGACUGCAGUGUGGGUAAAUGUAAUAAGCUGGUGGGGGGUAACGACACAUCUCAGAUGAACUAUGGAAACUACAUGGACGAAAAGAACGCCCCCCCUCCCAACAUGACCACGAAUGAGCGCAGAGUCAUCGUACCUGCAGACCCGUCAUUGUGGUCCCAGGACCAUGUGCGCCAGUGGCUAGAGUGGGCCAUUAAGGAAUACGGGCUGUUGGAGAUAGACACGGCCAUGUUCCAAAACACAGACGGCAAAGAGCUCUGCAAGAUGAGCAAGGACGACUUCCUCCGGCUCACCAGCAUGUACAACGCCGAAGUGCUUCUCUCUCAUCUCAGUUACCUCAGGGAAAGUAGCUCAUCAUUAUCCUACAACGCACCAUCUCACACAGACCCAUCCCCACGUCUGGCUGCCAAAGAGGACCCGUCAUAUGAUGCUGUAAGACGGACGGGAUGGUCAAACAACAUGCAUAGUGGCAAAGGCUCACCAGUGGUUCCUCAGAAUGUAACCAAAUCUACUGAGCAGCCCAGAGCUCAGCCAGAUCCUUACCAGAUUUUGGGUCCAACCAGUAGUCGCUUAGCCAACCCAGGUUCAGGCCAGAUCCAACUGUGGCAGUUUCUCCUGGAGCUCCUGUCCGAUAGCGCCAAUGCUGGCUGCAUCACCUGGGAGGGCACUAACGGCGAGUUCAAGAUGACGGACCCGGAUGAGGUGGCAAGGCGCUGGGGUGAGCGUAAAAGCAAGCCCAACAUGAACUACGACAAGCUGAGCCGGGCCCUGCGCUACUACUAUGACAAAAACAUCAUGACCAAGGUGCACGGCAAGCGCUAUGCCUACAAGUUCGACUUCCACGGCAUCGCACAGGCCCUGCAGCCGCACCCCACUGAGUCCUCCAUGUACAAGUACCCCUCGGACCUAGCCUACGUUCCUUCCUACCAUGCACACCAGCAGAAGGUCAACUUCGUAUCUCCACACCCUCCUUCUAUGCCCGUCACCUCCUCCAACUUCUUUGGACCCACUGCUCCGUACUGGAGCUCACCUACUGCAGGCAUCUACCCUAACCCAAACGUUCCUCGCCACCCUAACACCCAUGUGCCAUCCCACCUGGGAAGUUACUAUUAAAAUGACCUUUUUGACCAAUCACCACCCCUAAAACUUUUUCUUUCCCACAACAAAGUCCGCAAUUGCUGAACUGCACUCCCACUAACACCAAACCAGUGAAGACUGAUUUGAUAGAGGCAUUAGUCCUUGGAAGAAAUUUUGCUCCUGAAUUAAGGGUGAUUUUUUUUUUAUAUUUCUGAAUCUAUACACAACUGGAUGCUAUGGCUCAAAAUGGAAUACUACUUAACUUUACAAGACUAGCAUCUCUUUGUUUGUUUUUUGGACGUGAGUCUGAUGCUCCUGUGCCUUUCUCUACUCUGUCAUACUAAGAGAUAGACCCUCAGGUGUCGUUUCCAACAACUUGAGUCAGUCUGCUUCCUCACCCCGCUACAGUACCAGACAUGGGCCUGAUAUUUAUGGGUCUCAAUCUACAUCCUCUCCAGUACAUUAUGUGCAUUACGCUCUGAAGCAUCUGUCUUUUCGUUCGUCCACAGCCUUGCUGGGGUUUUUUAUUCCCACCACAUCCAGCCUUCUCUUUCCACCGACUCUGCUUGUCUGUUCAUCUGCAUCUCUUUAUGUUUGUGUAGAGAGUCUUCUGGAAUUCGCUGGACAAGAAGGAGCUCUCAAAGACAUGGACCUUUGUCAGCACUGAAUGAAAUCUGGCAACUGGAUUAUGCCAUUCAUGAUUUAAUUUAUCCUCCAAACUGGAAGGCUAGAGAAGAGUUAAAUGCCAGAGAAGGAAGCGCUGUAUGUUUUGCUGACCUGGGUCAACUCAGUUACAGUACUUUUUUGUAUGUUGUAUGUGGAAUUGAUGGGCGAUGUGUACAGUUGACUUGUAAUGCUGAAGAAGCUGAGUCAAGAUGUAAUUUAAGUAAUUUGCAACUAUAAUUAUACCCAGGUCAAACGUUUCAGGGGGCCACACACUAGGCUAUUAAAUGUGUGCCAUGUUGUUGCCUUUCAGCCAUCCAUGCCAUUUCCAGAUGUCUUGUUGUUCAACCAUGUCAGCAUUAAUGUGAAUGUCUUCUGGUUUGUGAAACACACACAUAAAACGAUGUUGUAGUGAAAAAUCUAAAAUUGUCAGAUGUUUGCAAUUGAUUCUAACUUUAAAUAGAGAAAUUAAUUCCUUCACACUUGAGAUAAUUCUUGCUGCACCAGCAUGCAUUUAAAAUGGGUCAUUUGUAAUCAUGAACAUAUUAUUAACAUAGUAAGACUUAAGAAUGGAUAAUUUGGGCCUUUUUUAAUCUAUAGUUUGCUACAAUACUGUGACUGCUAAUACAUGCCUACUGCCAUAAUGGGAAGCUAUAGUAACCUGCCUUGAUUAAAUUUUAACAUAAUUAAUUAUUGUAAUUGGAGUUUUAAUGUCAGUGUAUUUUACAAAUGUACUGAGGCACACAAAUUAUGCUGAAGUAUCAUCCAGCAUCUGACAAUUUUUGAUUUUGACGUGCAGUCUAGCAGAAAAGCUGUUACAGUGUUUCCUCCCUCUAUGAAGGCCAGUCAGGACCAAAUAGGUCAGCACAGAGAAGUGGAUUAGCAAUAAGUCAUUGUAACACACAGUAAAGAUGCUUUUUUUUACCAGGGCUGGGUCCUAGUUUGAGAGCAGCAUAUUUGUUUGAAUGUUAGUUUCUCACUGAUCUACAGCCCAGCCACAUGCACAUGAAUCGAGUCAGGAUUUCAUCAUCAUCAUGUAACAGUAUCAUGUUGAAACAUAUCCAUCUUCAGGUGUUCAAUGCUGUUUAUGGCAAAAGAAUUGCUUUGGAGGAACUGAAAAAAUGGACACUUGAAAAUAAAUUACUUGGGUCUAAGUAGUUUAUCAGAGAACAAAACCAAUGAAGUAUGACGAGAUGAAACAAAGAAAUCCUCAGAUUCGCAAACGCUGUGCGUUUGUCAGACCUAUUUUUUAUUAUUUUAUAAGCAUCAAUCAACUAGGCAUUAAAGCAACUUACUGUAUAAAUUAUGCAGAGUUAUUUUCAUAUGUGACACAGAAAAAAGUCGAGAGAAUUAAUACGAGUUGACCUCGGUCAAAAAUGCAAACCUUUUAAGUCCAGUUCUGCUAAGCCAGGGGAUCCCAGACCUGGGCCUUGAGGACUACUCACCUGUGUUUUUUCCAGCUAUACCUGCCAUAUCCAAUCCUUAUUACUGCUUUUGACAGACAGAGAGCACCUGAUCUAGGUAAUCAGCAGUGAGUAGGGUAGAGAUAACUGGAAGACAUGGGAGGGCCUUGAGAACCGGUUUGGGGAUCACUGGCUACUAAGUGAUGUGUUCAGCAUCUUAAAUGUUAUUAUAUCUGUACAUUUGGACAAUACAUUUUAACAUUUUUUUCUUGUUGUUGUUAUUGUGUUGGUUGUUACACCCUAUGUGCCUUGAUGUGCACAAGGAAUUUCUUUUUUAUUUCCCAAACUAUAAAUGCCUGCUUCAAUCAUAACCCAACACCCAAGGAAUUCCUUUACUCUGUAUGAUAAUGCCUUGUGAUGGUGAAUCACGUUUCAUAUCAGAUGAUCCUGGGAUUGGUGGCUUUUCCUGUACAUUAAAGAGUUUCAGGUAUUUUAUGCAAAAUAAUGCCGACAGUACUAAUAUCCUCAAACAGCUUUUUCUGAAGAUUUAUAGCUUUUAAAGAACAAAUACCAAGGGAACCUAAUUUGUAGCAUAAAAACUAUUCUAAUGUACUCUUAACUUCCAUCUUUCAUAUGCAUUAUCAGUGAAAAGGGAUCUGUGCUACUUCGUAUAUGCAAUGUAUUUUGGAUAUCAAAAAAUUUAUAUAUAUAUAUUUGUGUAUAAUUUUACAAUUAACCAUUGUAUUAUUAUUAUGGUCAUUGCUGAAAUGUAUGAAGUAAUACCUUUUCAAAAAGGGCUUUUGUAUAGUAAAAUGUGACAAAAUAAAUGUUUUUACCUCUAA